AUGUUGGACGAAGAGAAACGGCCCAGGAUGUCGUUACGGGAUCCACGGACUACCAGCCACUUAGGCCGGCCUACAUUGAUGAUUCCAGCAGAUGGACGAUUGAUCCGGGCAUGCUGUACGCAAGCGGCGUCUGCCUACGAUGCCCCGACUGCUGGAUCGCGACGUCCCGUACUUACCGUACCCCUGGCCAAGAAUUCUAGCAAGAGCAGGACAUGUAGAAUACCAGCGCGCGAGCUAAGGAUCCACCAUUCUGCGAGGGCAGGCAGGAAAUGGUCAUCGUUGUUCGAAUUCAAGUCGUGGCUUGAGAAGCAGGGCAGGCCGGAGAUGGGGGUACAUCCGGAGCGGCUGUCCGUCCAUAUCAGUCUCUCCGAUCGAGUAGCCUUGAGUGGUGGUAGAUCGAAGGAUCGUACUAUUCCGAGUGCAAGUCUCGUGCCUGCGGUGAAGCAUCUGCCUCUUGUCAAAAUUUCAGGUCCGAGCUCCUCUCUUGGAAUCGCUGAUAUUUCGCGAACUCCAGCAUGGCAUAUCUCUGCAAGACCGAGCUUCUCAAGGAAUACAACAUAUACCCAUCCAUCGCCACAGAUCGAUUUCGGUCAUUACAGCCGCGCUUGUAAGUAUUCGCUGCAGCCGGUGCUAAUGACUCAAGGCCUAGCAGUUUUGAGUUAUCCUCGCAAUCCUCGCCAUGCUUCAUCUUUCGGGAAGUCGAUAAACUUCCAAAUACGGGUAAAUACUCAAAUGGGACACAUUGGCAUAGUAAUUACUCGAAUGGUAAACCUCUUACUGGGAUAG